AUGAAUAAUCAAGCAAAGAAUGUUGCUGCAUCAUCUUUGUUUGGUCAUUCUGGAAUGGCCACACAACCACACCACCCUAACCCCAUUCAGCAAUGGAACCAUUCAAUUUCAAACCCUUUAAUCUCUCAAUCACAGUCACAGUCACACCCUCAAACACAAUUCCCUGGUCCCUUUCAGUUUUCAGAGUCCCAAUCUCAUGUGUUUGCACAAGCUCAGCAUGCACAGGCACAAUUGCAGUCUCAUGCUUCACGUGCUCAUCCACAACCUCAAACUCAGGCCUUCGCUCACUUGCAUAGUGUAAAUACUAACGCUGCUAAUGGUACAUCAUCUCCGGCCACCGGAAGUGCUAAGCGAGCAACCCCAAAACCCCCGUUGAGGUCUCAUAAUUUGUCGAAUAUGAACCAAUCCACGCCUUUUAAGUCCAUGGAAUCUCAGCGGCAAAAGAAGCAAACACCAGAAAAAGGGGCCAUGUUUUUGCCUGAGUCUGCUCUUUAUACUCAAUUACUUGAUUUUGAGACCCAGGUGGAUACUGCUUUGGCCAGGAGAAAGUUUGAUAUACUGGAGGCUAGGCUCCCUCCCCAUGUUCAGAAAACUCUUCGUGUUUAUGUCUUCAAUACCUUCUCAAAUCAUGCCAAAAUGGAUUCUGAGAAUAGGAAGGCCGAUGAAUCUUCAUGGUCUCUCAAGAUAACUGGAAGGAUAUUGGAAGAAGGUACGGAUUCCAUGUCUGGAAUUUUGCAGAGAUCGAGUCCUUCCUACCCAAAGUUCUCUGCAUUUUUCAAGAAAAUUACCAUACAUUUGGAUCAAAGCCUGUAUCCUGAUAAUCAUGUUAUUGUCUGGGAUAGUGCUCGUUCACCUACUCAACAGGAUGGUUUUGAGGUGAAGAGGAAAGGAAAUAAAGAAUUUACUGCAAUGAUUGCAAUAGAAAUGAAUUAUACACCUGACAAGUUUAUGGUUUCAUCACAGCUGUCUAAACUUUUAGGGAUUGAGGCUGAGACUCGUCCAAGAAUAAUAGCUUCUCUUUUUAACUAUGUGAAGUCCAGGAAGCUACAGAGCCCAAAUGACCCUUCGUUCUUCAUUUGUGAUCCUUCACUACAAAGGGUGUUUGGGGAAGAGAAGAUGGGUUUCACCAUGGUUUUUCAGAAGUUAGCACAGCAUUUGUCACAACCACAGCCAAUACGUAUGGAGCACAAAAUCAAGCUUUCUGGACAUUCUCCAGUUGUAUCUGCAUGUUAUGAUAUACAGGUUGAUGUGCCUUUUCCACUGGAAAAGGACAAGUCUACAUUCUUGGCAAGCCUUGAGAGCCAAAAGGAGAUUGAAGCUUAUGAUGAGGCCAUUUGCACUUCCUUAAAGAAGAUCCAGGAGCAUCGAAGAAGACGGGCUUUUUUUCUUAGCUUUAGUCAGUCUCCAGUAGAGUUUAUUGAUACUUUGAUUACUUCUCAAAGCAAGGAUUUGAAACUUGUGGCUGGAGAUGCCAGCCGUAAUGUUGAAAAGGAACUUCGUUCUGAGUUCUACAAUCAACCAUGGGUCGAGGAUGCAGCCAUUCGUUACUUGAACCGCAAGUCUGCAGGAAGUGAUGCUCCUGGACGCAACUAA